AUGGAGUUCGGAAAGUCAGUCGGCACGGCGUGUGCGUCGUUUGCUAUCACGAACAUCGACGACAUGUUCGUCUUGGUCACUUUCUUUGCUGAAGCCUCUACCAAGAAAGACUUAACUCCCCUCAAGAUCACCAUUGGUCAAUACAUUGGUUUCACGGUAAUAGUCGUUGUCAGCAUGAUCGGGUACGGUCUCGCGCAAGCUAUCCCCUCCCAGCCCAUCGGAUUUCUGGGUCUACUACCUACUCUUUUAGGAGCUUGGAAGUUCCUCGAUGCUAUUCUUCCAUGCCACAGCCAGGAGUCAGAAGAAUCAGAGAAAUCCAGAUUUGCCAAGAUGAAGAGUAUUCUUAAAGUCUCGAUCGUCACGGUGAUGAAUGGAGGAGAUAAUAUUGGCACAUAUGUACCGCUCUUUUCGCAAGCGAAGGGAGCAGAAGUAGCGGUGUAUGUUGUCGUGUAUUACAUCUUAGUCGGAGUGUGGUGCCUCGUCGCAUUCCUCUUGUUGAGGCAGAAGCACGUUCUGCUUGUGUCUCAGAAGUAUUCGCGUUGGGCCAUACCUUUCCUCUAUCUGGGUCUCGGCAUAUAUAUCGUCGUCAAGUCAGACUGCUACCCCUGGUCUAUCGAACGCAUCGACGAUUCGUUCCUCACGGACCCGGGUGCAAUCGUCAUGGGCAUUACGACCACUUUCCUUCUUUUAACAUGCAUCGGCGCUAUGUUAUGGUACAAGUUGAAGAGAAGAUCAGCCCAGCCUGAUUCCCCCGACGAUGUUUCUCUGGAGGGGGCUACCUCUCCCAGUAGAGGAACUUCGGGUGACGACUCUGUUGCUCCUGGACAUGUCGCUUCUUCCACAGAUAAUGCGGCGAGCAUUUCACAGACACACGCCUCCUAA